AGCACAGUAAUUGAGAUCGGUAUGCGUUAGAUAUAUCACAUUUUAUGUAUACAUUCGCGCAACAUCGACAUAUUGGGAUUCUGCGACAAAAAGUCACACGUGAACAGCCGAGUUUGAAAAAAUUAUUCGUUAAAUCUCCAUUCUCUCUCUAAACUCAUUUGUGCAACCUGAGAAAAUCAUUUCGCUCAUAAGAAAAUCCUUGUCAAACUCCCGCGCGUCGCGCCGCCGUUUCGCCUGUCGCUCUCACGAGGCAACGAACGUCAGCGAACGUCAAGUACGCGAAUCGGAGUAUAGACGAUUUGCCAGUCUAAUCGUUUCAACGUCAUCGCACGUAAUUCGCGUUGCUUUUUAAACCAAUUAUAUCCGAUGCACCGCGGCGUGCAAUGAUCUUGCAUUAGCCGCGGGCGUUCGCCGAUCAAUGUCACGCGUGUCGAUCCGUCACCGGCCGAAAAUGCGAAUGGGCGUAAAAUCGCCGCCGGCGGGCCCGACGACGUCGUACGCCGCGCUUCCCAACUAACCUACAAGCUAAACGAUGCGUCGAUAUGGGGGUGUGCUCGUAGAUAUCGUGUAUCGCUCGUAGAGAGAUCGUGAUGAGUCGCGACGCCCGUGCGUGCCGCUCGACGGCGACGUGGAUCGAAUCGGACGCGAUCGCUGACCGCGCGAGUUCCGGAUCGCGCUUCUUAUAGGUUAUCUCCGGAUCCCCGCAGCAGUUAACAGUACGAUAUUGUCACGUACGUACGCGCGACGCAUCUCAAGUAUCGUCGAAAAUACUGCGCGUAAACGGUGUUAAACGGUGUGAAAUUUCUCCACUCACGGCAUAUCACAUUUCGCACGGUCCGUCAUGUGUCUUGCGAAGGUCAAGCCGUUUGAGCCCUUCCUGUCGAUAGCUAGUUUAUGUCUCGGUUUCAAACAGCAAUACAAAAGAGCAAGUGUGACUACAUUUUGGAGGAAUUUUUGAAUCGCAUAAGUAACUGUUAUAUAUAUAUAAUGUGCUUGUGACUAAAUAUAUAUCUUUUACAUUGGUAAAAUAAUGCUUAGGAUCAUCAUAUAUCUUUGUAUAACCUGACUGUAAAUUUUGAAAAUGCAAGCCAAGAAACGCUAUCUAUUAUUGUUUGUCACAUGCGCGUUUCUUGGUUACUGUUAUUUCGGCGGAUAUCGUUUGAAAAGCGAAAAAUGGACAGGCAGAUCUCAGUUGCCUUACGAGCGAUUGCCUUCAUAUUUAAGUCUAAAUGAAGAAUUCUAUGACAAAGAUUUAAAGACAUCCAGCGGGACUUUAGCUAUGUCCCAACGAGCAAAGCAUUGUCGCAUGGAAACCUGCUUUGACUUUACUAGAUGCAAGCAAGGUUUCACCGUAUAUGUGUAUCCAGUUGAGGAAGCGAUAAGUCCAUUAUACCAAAAAAUAUUAAAUGUUAUCACAGAAUCGAGAUAUUAUACGUCAGACCCAGCACGGGCAUGUAUAUUUGUCUUAGCCCUCGAUACAUUAGAUAGAGAUCCCUUAUCCACUGAAUUUGUACACAAUCUUCCUUCUAAACUGUUGCAUCUACCAUAUUGGAAUAAUGGAAGGAAUCAUCUGAUAUUUAACUUAUACUCUGGUACAUGGCCCGAUUAUGCAGAGGAAUCGCUGGCUUUUGAUGUGGGUUACGCUAUGCUUGCUAAAGCCAGCAUGUCCAUCUUUAGACAUAGGCCAAACUUUGACGUGUCGAUACCUUUGUUUGGCAAACAACAUCCAGAACGUGGUGGAGAAUCCGGCCAAGCGUUAGAAAAUAAUUUUCCCAAUAAUAAGAAAUAUGUGGCAGCUUUUAAGGGGAAACGAUAUGUACAUGGUAUUGGAUCUGAGACAAGAAAUGCUCUCUAUCACUUACAUAAUGGCAAAGAUUUAGUAUUUGUUACGACUUGUCGUCAUGGAAAAGCUUGGAGAGAAUUUCAAGAUGAACACUGUCAGCAAGAUAAUCAGGAAUAUGAUACGUACGACUAUGAGAUUUUAUUAAUGAAUGCAACAUUUUGUCUGGUUCCGCGAGGACGACGAUUGGGCAGUUUUCGGUUUCUAGAAGCUUUGCGGGCGGGAUGUAUUCCAGUUAUUUUAAGUAAUGGUUGGGCUCUUCCCUUUCACGAGCGUAUCGAUUGGACUCAGGCUGCCAUAUUUUCCGAUGAGAGAUUAUUACUUCAAAUUCCAGAUAUAGUACGAUCUGUAUCUAAUGUACAAAUUCUUAAAUUGCGACAGCAAACGCAAUUCUUAUGGGAGAGGUAUUUUUCAUCUAUCGAGAAGAUUGUGUUCACCGCGUUUGAGAAUAUUUGUGAGCGUUUGCCAUGGGAAGGCAUGCGAGAAAGAAUUGUCUGGAAUACUAGUCCCGGAGCACUAGUAAUUUUACCACAAUUCGCCGAUAGCCAGCAAGAACUUCCCUUUUCAAACAGUAAUCCUGGUAAUACUUUCACUGCCAUAAUCUAUUCGCAAUUGGGAUCUACUGCAGUUCUUUAUCGCCUUCUUCGGAGUCUCGCAAAAAGCAAGUACCUAGAUAAGAUAAUACUUAUGUGGAAUUCGGACAUUCCGGUGCCAAGAAAACCACGUUGGCAAGGUAUCAAAGCGUCAAUCCACAUUGUUGCGGUUGACGGUAUAUCCCAACGUUUCUAUCCUCAUCCGUUAAUCAAAACUAGUGCCAUAUUGUCGCUUGAUGAAGACGCUACUCUAAAUACCGAUGAGAUUGACUUCGCUUUUACGGUUUGGCGAUCGUUUCCCGAUCGAAUAGUAGGAUAUCCAGCGAGAUCUCAUUAUUGGGAUGAUUCAAAGCGUUCCUGGGGUUACACCAGUAAAUGGACAAACGACUAUAGUAUUAUUCUUACUGGUGCCGCUUUCUAUCAUCGCUACUACAAUACUUUGUAUACCGAGUUAUUGAGCUCGACCCUCCAUAAGACCGUGGAACAAUCGCAGAAUUGCGAAGAUAUACUUAUGAACUUCCUAGUGAGUCACGUUACACGAAGACCGCCCAUCAAAGUGACGCAGCGCAAGCUAUACAAGGACACUUCGGUAGCUGGAAUCAGAUCCCCGUGGAACGAUCCAGAUCAUUUCAUACAACGACAAACGUGUAUGAAUACGUUUGUCGCUGUCUUUGGGUAUAUGCCUCUGUUGCGAUCUAACAUGCGACUGGAUCCCGUUCUGUUCAAAGACUCUGUAAGUAAUCUACGCAAGAAAUAUAGGCAAAUUGAAUUAGUUAGCAAUUAGGAUUGUACAUGCAAUGCUCGAAUUUUUGCGCGCUAUUAUUUUAUUUUACAAGCGCGUUAAACACAAAAUCUGUGUUGCGAUACGAUACUGGAUCUGUUUCUUUUAAUUUACUUAUCUUUUUGUGUAUUUGAAAUAGAAAGUUUAUAUUAAGGAAACAAAAAAAUGAUAAAAAGGUAUAGUUAAAAAAAGCAGAUCUAUUAUCCUCAUCGUGCAAACGUACGAGAGUAAAAUAUAUGAGGAAUAUUUAAGCGUUUACGACCUACGCUGUUAUGAAUGUCAUCGGGCAGUAAAUCAAAGUCCGUUCUCCAGCAAGGACACACAGUGAUAUCUUGCGAUUUAUUUGUGAGUACUUUUGUACAAAUUGUAGAACAAAUUGUAGAAUUGUAACGAUGCAGUUUCUGACGAUGUCUCACAUAGCUAUUAUCUGCUGCGAGGCAGCAUUUAAUUGAUGUACAUACAAAUCGUUUUAUAAUUAUUAAUAAGAAAAAAAGUUAUUUAACAGAAGCGCUUAAACUUUUCACACACUGAUAAUUGGAAUAAUUUAAAUCGAUAAAUUGAUAGAAUCAUUUAAUCGGUUUAAUAAAAACAAAGGAAAAACAAAUAUCAAAUUUUUCUGAUAUGCAUGUUUUCAUACAUUGAUUAUCUUGCUAAUGCUUGACAUACAAGAAGCAAACAGAUAUCGUUUGUAUGUAUAAUGAUAUUUUUAAUCAUGGAGAUUUGCAUAUGUUUUUCUAUCCGAAUAAAUGUAUAAUCCUUCUUAGAUUUGAAAAAUGUAAGAAAUCGAAAAAGUCUAGAAUAGACUUUGUUAAGUGCUUUUAGUAGUGGUGACGUGAAAGUCAAUAUUUGUAUCAUGAAAAGACGCGAAGAGAGAAGCAAGAUUCGUUUAUAUUUAAAACAAUUGUAAAGAUAUGAGGGUUUAAUGAGAUUAUACAUAUAUAUCGAUAUAUCGAUUUUUCUUCAUAUCAAGUAAUUUUGAUGUUGUAUGAUUUAUAGCGUCGCUUUACUAAUCCCUUUCUUUCUUCUCCCUUUUAGAGAGGAGUUUUUAUACUUCGUAUAUGCGAACUUAAUUAUAAGCACUUUGUAUCCAACAAAGAGAUUAUGUCAAUUUACUCAACCUAUGCACAAUAUUUAGUGCAUAUUGUCGCAUAUGUUGUAUUGUUUAUUUUAUGAUCGCAUUUUACUGAUUGCACUGAUUUAUGAGUGCAUUUGAAAUUUCACAGUUUAGCAGAUCUAUUCGAAAUACUGCCGAGUUCUCAGGAACACGUUUGAAAAAAAAGGAAAA